CCCCGCCCCCGCGGCGGCGCGGGGCGUGGCGACCCCUCCCGCGGCGCUGAGGGAACGAGCGGCCCGCCCGGCCCGGCCCGGCCCGCCCGGCGCUGCCCGCACCGGCACAGGCCCAGCCGAGCCCCGCGGGGCCCCCGAUGAUGCCGGGGGCGCGGGCGGCGGAGGAGCAGCGCCUGGACGUGUGGCGGCCGCCGCCGCCCCAGUGAGGGCCCCGCCAUGUCGGUGAUGGUGGCGAGGAAGAAGGUGGUUCGGAAAUGGGAGAAGCUGCCGGGCAGGAACACCUUCUGCUGCGACGGCCGCAUCAUGAUGGCCCGGCAGAAGGGCAUCUUCUACCUGACGCUCUUCCUCAUCCUCGGCACCUGCGCCCUCUUCUUCGCCUUUGAGUGUCGGUACCUGGCAGUCCAGCUGUCCCCAGCCAUCCCCGUGUUUGCAGCAGUUCUCUUCCUAUUUGCCAUGGCUACGCUCCUGCGGACGAGCUUCAGUGAUCCUGGGGUGAUCCCAAGAGCCCUGCCUGACGAGGCAGCCUUCAUCGAGAUGGAGAUUGAGGCCACCAACGGGACCGUGCCGCAGGGUCAGCGUCCGCCCCCACGGAUUAAAAACUUCCAGAUCAACAACCAGAUAGUGAAGCUGAAGUAUUGCUACACAUGUAAGAUCUUCCGUCCGCCCCGUGCCUCUCACUGCAGCAUCUGCGACAACUGUGUGGAGCGCUUCGACCAUCACUGUCCCUGGGUGGGCAACUGCGUGGGGAAGAGGAACUACCGCUAUUUCUACCUCUUCAUCCUCUCGCUCUCACUCCUCACCAUCUACAUCUUCACCUUCAACAUAGUCUACGUAGCACUGAAAUCUCUGAAGAUUGGGUUUCUGAACACGUUGAAGGAAACCCCAGGGACUGUACUGGAGGUGCUCAUCUGUUUCUUCACGCUGUGGUCGGUGGUAGGGUUAACUGGGUUCCACACCUUCCUGGUGGCACUGAAUCAGACAACCAACGAAGACAUUAAGGGUUCCUGGACUGGGAAGAACCGCGUGCAGAAUCCCUACAGCCAUGGCAACAUAGUGAAGAACUGCUGUGAGGUGCUUUGUGGGCCUCUGCCCCCCAGUGUCUUGGACAGACGGGGCAUCUUGCAGCAAGAGGAGAGUACAGCUCAGGAGGAGUCGUGCCCACGGGGGCCCAGCACUCAAGAGCCCACUGCUGCUCAGGGCCCCGGUGGGCAGGCAGAGGAGAGCAGCGCUCAGCAGAAGGAUGGCAGCCUUCCUCACCUGAGCGCCGUCCCUGCGCCAUCCCUGAGCAAUGCUGAGAUGCCUGAAGAGAAGCAGCUAACGUCUGGGGAGCUCCCAGUCCCAUCCCAGGACGCUGGGCAAGCAGAGCACUAGCAUCUGCUUGAAAGGGAGAACUUUCUUGUUUUGUCUAAUCAAAGCUGGAAGUGAUAGAGGAGAGGAGGAGAUGGGCUGGAUGGCAGGCAAACGAUUCCUCAUGGCCAUUUUGCUUUAGUCAUUAUUCACCUCGAUGUGCAGGCAGUGCGGGCUGGCGCUGGCCUUGCAUGGUGUCAAAGGAUAACGAGCGUGAGUAGCCCACCUUGGUCACCGAGGGGCACUCACCACCACUGAGGCUGGCCUGCCUGCAGGCCGAGGCAGGACCUCUUGCUCUGCAGGUUGUCCUGGAUGCUAAAUACCGGCUCGGUGGCUGGGGCUGUCCCUCCGUCUGGCCCCGACUCUUUGACGAGACGACUUGUGGUCAAGCAGCUCAGAAGCGACGUUAGGGUCGGCCUGCUCCCUACUGCUGAGGAAUCCUGAUGGGAAGGGGAAAGCAAUUUAUGGCAGUAGCGUCCUCUCUCCCCUCCUUCCUCCUUCCUCUAAUCUGUGGCAUUGUUUUAUUGGUUAACGUGGCAGGGGUUGUCGGGAGACAUUUUGGUGCCAAGAGGGCCAAAACAACCGGGAAGGAGUUCUGCUGGCAACGAUUUUUAAAGUA